CGAAAAUUUAAUCCCAAAUCGACAGUUGUUGUGGUUGUGGCAUCCGACGAACCUCUUCUUCAUCGUUCUUUACUUAACUUUCGAGAAUCCAAUUUCACCGCUCAACCCAGUUUUCCAUUAUUGUUUCUAGUUUUUAUUUUCUGAAUAUCUAUGAAAACUUGAAGUAAUUUCAUUUAUUUGUAGUAAAUUCAAGCAAAUAUCUUUUCUUUUUUUUUGGGGGGUGAAAUGAAUUGUGCAGAGAAUCCCUUGCACGCCAACCCGAUACUCAUAGAAGAUGGAAGGCGAUGAAAACACCACUCAAAAGGUGAAGGUUGGUUGCUCAGGAAUUGUAAGAAAGAAAAUAAAUUUGAAGAUUUUAGACCUCAGUAUAUGUAUUAUAGAAGGUUUGACAAAGAAGACCAUGCUAUGGCUAAUUAUCCAAAGGUGUAUUGCUUAUUCAGGUUGAGUAAUGAGUACACUGAGAAGCAUGAGAUCAAAAUUUCAAUAAUGCAGCAAAUCAAAUAAAGCUUUUAUGUUGAAAGUGCUUGUGGAACACGAUUGAAUAAAGAAUGAUGGAUUACUACAAAAUCUUGGAGGUUGAUUAUGAUGCAACAGAUGAGAAGAUAAGAUUAAAUUACCUAAAGCUUGCACUGAAGUGGCAUCCUGAUAAACACAAGGGUGAUAGUGCUGUGACAGCAAAAUUUCAACAGAUCAAUGAAGCUUACAGAGUGUUGAGUGAUCCAGCUAAACGCUCUGACUAUGAUUUAACUGGAAUAUAUCAGAUUGAUAAGUAUACUUUGCGGGAAUAUCUUGCCAGAUUUAAGGGAAUGAUACUUACUUGCAAUGGGCUUGGUAUCAGUCAUACAUCAAUGUGGACACAACAGCUGACUGAUACCAAUGAAUUUACAGAAAAUAAGGGAUAGAGAUGUCAACUCAAUGUAGAACGAUGGAGGUGAGCUGUUUGUAUUACUAUAGUUAAGUAUACUUACUGAUAAUCCAAAUCGACGUUUCGAGACAGUUAUACGGCAAUAACAGGCUUUCCUCAUUUAUUAUACCAUAAGAUAGGACGUGGGUUGAGAUAAUUAUGCGGCAAUCCGAGAUGAUCCUGUUCUUUGUAGCCUGUAUUUUUUUUCUCAAAAGAAAAUUGAGUUUCCAUUGAUGUUCAAAUUGAAGACCUCUUAACCAGAAGAUGACUUCAAAACUAUUGAUGUGUUGUAUUUUAUUAUUGCAUUUUGGCUUGGGAUGUUGAUGAUUCAGUCUGGCUCUUCAUAUACAAGUUAUUCCUAUAAAAUUAAAUAAUAGAUUCAUAACAGCGACAAAUUAUUUA